AUGAGUCAAAAAACGUAUGAAAAAGCAACGAGUUUAAAUACACACGUCCAUAGAAUAAGUAAGAGCAUUGGACCAUAUGAAUGUGAAAUUUGUCAUAAAUCAUUUGGAAAAAAAGGUACCCUCAAUGUUCAUAUAAAUGCAGUACAUGAGUGCAAAAAAUCCUUCGAAUGUGAUAUUUGUCACAAAUUAUUUUCACUUAAAAGUCACCUUAUCAGACACAUAAGGGCAGUACAUGAUCGUAAGAAACUCUUCAAAUGUAAUAUUUGUCACAAAUCAUUUGGAUAUCAGAAUGUACUCAAAAGUCAUAGAAUAACAGCUCAUAAUCUUGGAAAUCCCUUUGAAUGUGAGAUUUGUCGCAAAUCAUUUGGACGAAAAAGUGACCUCAAAAUUCACAUAAGUUUAGUACAUCUUCGUAGCAAGCCGUUUAAAUGUGAUAUUUGUCAGAAAUCAUUUGGAUAUCAGAAUGUACUCAAAAGUCAUAGAAUAACAGCUCAUAAUCUUGGAAAUCCCUUUGAAUGUGAGAUUUGUCACAGAUCAUUUGGAUCUCAGAAUCAUCUCAAGCGUCACAUAAAUACAGUACAUAAUCGGAGAAAACCAUUCGAGUGUGGUCUUUGUCACAAAUCGUUUGGAGAAAAGAGUCAUCUCAAAAGGCACGUGAAUAUAAUACAUGAUCAUAGCAAACAUUUUGAAUGAGAGAUUUGUCACAAAUCAAUUGGGCGAAAAAGUGACCUGAAUGAACACAAAAAUGCAGUACAUUAUCGUAGCAAACCCUUCGAAUGUGAAAUUUGUCAAAAAUCAUUUAGAAACAAAAUUAGUCUCAAAAAUCAUAUAAUAGCGGCACACAGUCGAGGUAAACUCUUCGAAUGUAAUAUUUGUCUCAAAUUAUUUGGAUACCAAAAUAAUCUCAGUAGGCACAAAAAUCAAAUACAAAGGAAACCAUAGGGGCGUAAGAUUUGUGGCGAGACAAUUGGACUCAAUGUAGAC